AAAUGUCUUUUUUCCAUCACACUCAAGGUCAAAUGAAAGCAUCAAAUAAGUGGCGGUCCCGCAAAACUGAGGGGAAACCAUCAGCUUCCUCCAACUAUUAACCCACGAGCUCUGAGAGAGAGAGAGAGAGAGACAGAGAGAGAUGGAGGGGAGAGCAAGGGGUUCACUGCCGUUCGUGGGGAUGAUAAUGGUGGUUCUGGCUCAGGCGAGCUACAUGGUGGUGGUGAAGAUGGCCAUGUCCGACGGGAUCAACAAGUUCAUCAUGGUCUUUUACAGUAAUGCCCUCUCCUCUCUCGUCCUCCUUCCUUGUCCUCUCAUCAUCUCUCGCAGGUCAGGGUCGUGUCCUCCUCUCACUUUCGCUGUACUUGGCAAGAUCUUCUUGCUCGCUCUGUUUGGACUCGCAUCGCAGAUGUCCGGGUACGUCGGCAUCGAUUACAGCUCCCCUGUUUUGGGCACGGCCAUGAUGAACCUCAUCCCAGCUUUCACUUUCAUUCUCGCCAUUAUUUCGAGGAUGGAGAAAGUGAAUUGGAAAAGCUCAAGCAGCCAAGCUAAGCUCGUGGGAACCAUCGCAUCCAUUCUUGGUGCAUUCAUAGUCACUCUCUACAAGGGUCCACCGAUUCUCCUAUCAUCUUCGCCUCCUUCUUCUAUCCAACCUCGCCACCUUCUUUUUCUUCUCUCUCGGCGAUCAAAUUGGAUCCUUGGCGGGUUUCUCCUCGCGGCUGAAGCUUUCUUGAUAUCAUUAUGGUACAUUGGACAGGCAUUUAUCCUCAGAGAUUAUCCCGUGGUGCUGAACUUAAUGUUCUAUCUAAUGUUCUUUUUGACUAUUCUUUCCGGGCUAUUGUCGCUCGUUACAGUGAGAGAACCACAGUCAUGGAUUCUGAAAGUCGAUGUAGGUCUGAUCGCUAUUUUAUACUCGGCUCUGGUUGCUGGCGUCUUCAGAGUCACAUUGUGUACAUGGUGCCUGAAGAAAACUGGACCUGUUUAUGUCUCCAUGUUCAAGCCCUUGGGAAUUGUAUUUGCUGUUGGAUUGGGGUUCAUAUUUCUAGGCGAGAUGUUACACCUUGGAAGCUUAAUUGGAGUGAUUGUGAUCGUGAUGGGAUUCUACGUGGUAAUGUGGGGAAAGUCCAAAGAGGAAGAGAAGACGAUCGAGGGCAGUGGGGUUGGGGGGAGCUUGGCAUCAUCCAGCCAUAAGAUUCCUUUGCUCCAAAGCGAAGCUUCAAGCGUGUAGUUAUUCUUGGCAACAUUAAAAAAAUAAAAUAAAAAUAAAAAUAAAGAGAGGAAAAAGACAGAGAUUUGGACAUGAAUUAUUCAUAAGACAGACGUAUCCUCGUCUUUAUAAAUGAAUUCGAGUUGAAUAUUCCAACGUGAAUUAGAUGUGGAAAUAUUAAUGUUGGGACAAAUUUCGACUGCCGUAUGCAUUCCGGUGCACAUAAACUAAUGUGUAUGCCCACUUUGGAAAACCAAUAUACUAAACUUUUGAGCAAAUUUGACUAAAAACUUUUGAGCUAUUGUGAUAACUAUCUAAUCUCGUGGUGGAUAUUACCACGCGAUU